GAGUUUUUAAAGCUCUAUGCUGCUUAUCCAAGGAAGAGGCUGAAACCGGAGAGAGCGCCCGGAAUCUUCGAAGGAAUGUCGCCAAGCGACGUUGAAGUUAUGGGAAGUAAAGAAAAUUGCGGUUUUGCUGCGAAGCAAGUUGAAGGGAGAAAUGGGGAGGAACAAGAGGAGGAAAAUAGUGAUAUGGGUGGAGAGAAAGCUGGGAAAGUGGAAGGAAAAGAGAAGGGAAUUGAAGGGAAGGAGAAGAAAAGUGGGGAUUUGAAAGGGGAAGAUGAAGGGGCUGCUUUAAAGAAGCCUAAUAAAAGAGGUAGAAAGAAGCAAGAGACAGUUUCUUCGAAAAGGGGCAAAAAGGAGAUUGUGGAAGAGGGAAAUGUGGAAGGAAGUUUGGAUUUUGUGGCUGAGAAAGGGGAAGAAGGUGGGGAGAAAUUGGAUGAAAAUGGGGUUCAACUUAAAGGUAAGAAAAGGGUGAUUUCUGUUGAGAAUCUAGAGGUAUCAAAUGGAGAAGAUGGAGCUAGUAGGAAAGAGAAAGUUGAUUUGGGUGCUGCUGGUAAUGUGCAAGGAAAUAGUGGGGAUGUUUCCAAGAGGAGACUGAGAGCAGUUGCUAAGAAGGUUAGUUAUGUUGAUGUUCAAGAAGAUGAAUAUGAAUGGCCUUUGGCAAGGAAGCGUGGACGAAACGGUAGGAAGAAAAGGAAAGUUGUUAAAUCUGAAGGUCAAGAAGAUGGUUAUAAUGGGUAUGGAGAUAAUGGGAUACCUGCAAAGAAGCGAGGAAGAAGGGGUAGGCCAAGAAAACAAGUUUCCGAGAGUGAAGGCAAUGAAGGGAAAGAUGUAGAGGAGGUAGGUAAAGAAGAGCAAGGCGCUGAUUUAUGUGUAGAUGAUGGAAAAAAGAGGAGUCAAAGAGGGGCAAAGAGGGAUGGAAAGAAGAUAAAUAAAGAAGUUGUAGGAAAUGGUGAAAGUUCGGAAAAACAAGAGGUGGAGUCAUUGGGAAUUAACACUAAGUCAAAAUCUUUUCUUAGACCCUCAAGAGUUUCCAAGAAAGAAGAAGAGCCUGUGCCAGAUUCGAAGAAAAAGAAGGAUGCUAAGCAGUGGAUUCCUGAAGAGUCAUUAACUUGCCAUCAGUGCAAGAGGAAUGAUAAAGGCAGGGUUGUGAGGUGCAAGCUUUGCAAGCGGAAACGAUAUUGCAUCCCCUGCUUAACCAAUUGGUAUCCCAAGAUGUCAGAGGAGGCAAUUGCUGAUGCCUGCCCAUUUUGUCGGGAUAAUUGCAAUUGCAAGGCAUGCUUGCGCAUGACUGGCCUUCUCAAAAAAUUGGGAAAGACACUACAUUUGGAGUUCAGUGAUGAUGAAAAAGUUCAGCACUCUAGAUACUUGCUUCAGACACUUCUUCCAUACAUUAAACAAUUUAGUCAAGAACAAAUGAAGGAGGUGGCCAUUGAGGCAAAAAUUCAAGGGCUGCUUCCAGAAGAAAUACAGCUUAAGCAGGCACCUUGUCCCUAUGACGAGCGUGUAUAUUGUAACAACUGCAGAACAUCAAUUGUUGACUUUCAUAGAAGCUGUCCAAACUGUAACUAUGAUCUCUGCCUUACAUGUUGCCGUGAAAUCCGUGAUGGCCAUUUGCAGGGUGGACAAAAGGAAGUAAUUGUGGAAUAUGCUGAUAGGGGUCUCAAUUACUUGCAUGGAAAACUUCAGUGCUCUAUGUCUUCAGGAGUGGGGAAUCUAGAGGAUUUCCCUGAGGAAAAUAACUCUAAAGAACAUAAUGCUGCAACUUCUGGGUGGAAGGCAAAUGAAAAUGGUAGCAUUCCUUGCCCCCCGAAGGAUUUUGGUGGGUGUGGUAAUGGCCUUUUGGAGGUAAGGUGUAUGUUUACAGAACAUGCUGUUGUUGAGUUAACAGAAAAGGCUGAGGAAAUAGCCAAAGCUCUCAAUCUUGAGCAUGUUCUUGAAUUUUCUAACCAACAGUGCCCUUGUUACAAUUCAGUGGGAGAAGUUGACAUUGGCAAUAAUAAUUUAAGGAAAGCAGCAUCUCGAGAAGGUACCAUUGACAACUAUUUAUAUUGUCCAAAAGCUAAAGACAUUCAGUGUGGAGAUUUGAAACAUUUCCAAAGGCACUGGGCUAAUGGUGAGCCUGUAAUUGUCAGCAAUGUAUUAGAGAAUACAUCUGGUUUGAGCUGGGAGCCAAUGGUUAUGUGGCGUGCUUUUCGUCAGGUUACAAAUACUAAACAUGACCAACAGUUGGAAGUUAAGGCACUUCAUUGCUUAGAUUGGUCUGAGGUAGUGGUCAAUAUUCACCAAUUCUUUAAAGGUUAUGCAGAUGGUCGUUUUGAUAUAGAAUCAUGGCCCCAGAUACUGAAGCUGAAAGAUUGGCCUCCAUCUAAUGAGUUUGAGAAGCUCCUUCCACGUCAUCAUGCUGAAUUUCUUUGUUCUUUGCCUUUUAAAGAAUAUACGCUUCCUCGAAGUGGGCUUCUUAAUAUUGCUACCAAAUUGCCAGAGAAAUCUCUAAAGCCAGAUAUGGGGCCAAAGUCAUAUAUUGCAUAUGGAGUUGCUCAAGAGCUAGGGCGUGGGGACUCCAUAACGAGGCUUCACUGUGAUAUGUCUGAUGCGGUGAAUGUUUUGACACACACUGCUGAGGUGAAGCUUACACCUGAACAGCUUACUAGCAUUGCCAAGUUAAAACAAAAGCACCAUGUGCAAGACCAGCAGGAACUUUUUGGAAUGAGUUCAAAGGUUGUUGGGAACAAGCCUGGCGAUGGGUCUUUUGAUACCUCUACCUGCAACAGGCAGUCUAAUGAUAUAGGUGCCGAACAAAAAGGUGAAGCUAUUGUUGAACAACAAGGUCAGGAUGGUUAUUCUAGCCUGAAUGGCAGUACUUGGGUGAGGAAAUUUGAAAUGGAAGAAAGUAGGAAUGAAAAAGUUGAUCAAGAAGAAUGCAUGGAUAAUGGCAGAUCAUCUGAAACUUUUGGGAAUAAGUUUGAAGAGGUGGAAACUGUUGAGGGAGGUGCUAUCUGGGACAUAUUCCGGAGGCAAGAUAUUCCAAAGCUGCAGGAUUACCUUGAAAAGCACUUUAGGGAGUUUAGAUAUGUUCAUUGUUGCCCAGUAUCACAGGUUUUUCACCCUAUACAUGAUCAGUCCUUUUUUCUGACUAUGGAUCAUAAGGCAAAGCUUAAGAAGGAAUAUGGAAUUGAACCAUGGACUUUUGUUCAGAAACUUGGGGAGGCUGUUUUUAUACCUGCAGGGUGCCCUCAUCAAGUCCGGAACAUUAAGUCAUGCAUAAAGGUUGCUCUUGAUUUUGUUUCACCUGAAAAUAUUGGUGAGUGUAUUCGCUUGACUGAAGAAUUCCGUGUACUUCCUCAUGAUCAUAGGGCAAAAGAGGAUAAAUUGGAGGUGAAGAAAAUGAUUGUACAUGCAGUGUGUCAGGCUGUGAAGGACUUGGAUCCAAAUGCAAAGAUUGAGCUUGCUAAUAAAGCUGAAUAAGUUGCCACUUUGUUCCUGCAUCCUCUUAGCUGAUAGUCACUUUUCAAGUGGGCAAAUAUUUUGGAGUUCUGUUUUUUGAACAUGGCCAGGUUUUCUGCAGCAUUGAGUAAGAUGUAGGACAUGGCUUAUAACCAAAAAACCAGAUGGAGAACAUAUCAACUGCCUUCUGUUUUUGUGUAUAUACCCGUAAAAUCUUGCUUGCCUUUUCUGCUCUCAGCUGGAGCCUGGUGAUACGGGUAGGUUGUGUAUUUUUGUCCAAGUGCUAUUGCUAAAUGAUAGAGGCCUAGUGCCAUCUGUUUUUGUAGCUAUUCUGACUGUUUUCACCACGGUAUCAUAUUGUAUUUUAUUUUGCAAAUGGCAAAGAAAGAUUGGUGUAAUGACUUUACUCACCAAAGGGAAUUCUGGCAAUGGCAACUGAUCUGCUCUUCAUACUGAUAUUUAUUUUGUUUUUCAAAGUUAUGACUUCUGAAGUUGAACAGUGUUAUUUUUCCUCAAAGUAAAAGCGCAUGGACAUUUUUA